AUGUGUCAUCGGCAGCUGAUCACAUCCUGGUUAUCCCUGGUGUUGCUGGCAUCGCCCCUCCUGGCCAUGUGGGAACUGGAAAAAGACGUGUACGUUGUAGAGCUGGAUUGGCAUGCUGAUGCUCCUGGAGAGACGGUGGUUCUUACCUGCAACACUGCUGAGGAAGACGGCAUCACAUGGACCUCAAACAAGAGCAGCCAUGUCUUGGGCUCUGGUAAAACCCUGACCAUCCAAAUCAGAGAGUUUGCAGAUGCUGGACGCUACACCUGUCACAAAGGAGGCAAGGUUCUGAACCAUUUGCUCCUGCUACUCCACAAAAAGGAGGAUGAAGUUUGGUCCACUGAUAUUUUAAAGGAACAGAAAGAGAACAAAAGCAAGACCUUUCUGAAAUGUGAAGCUAGGAGUUAUUCUGGACAUUUCACAUGCUCGUGGCUGACGGCAAUCGAUGAGGAUGUGACAUUCAAGGUCAAGGGCAGCAGAGGAUCCUCUGACCCCUCAGGAGUGACUUGUGGAGCAGCAACUCUCUCUUCAGAGAAGGUCAGAGUGGACAACAGUGAGUACACGAAGUACUCCGUGGAGUGUGAGGAGGACAGCGCCUGCCCCUCCGCAGAGGAAAGUCUGCCCAUCGAGGUGGUGAUGGAUGCUGUCCACAUGCUCAAGUAUGAAAUGUACACCAGCAGCUUCUACAUCCGAGACAUCAUUAAACCAGACCCACCAAAGAACCUGCAGCUGAAGCCACUGACGAAUUCUCAGCAGGUGGAGGUCAGCUGGGAGUAUCCUGACACUUGGAGCACUCCGCAUUCCUACUUCUCCCUGACGUUCUCAGUGCAAGUCCAGGUCAAAAACAAACGGGAAAAGAAAGAUAGCCUCUUAACCAACGAGACCUCAGCUACAGUUUCAUGCCCCAAGAACGCGAAGGUGCUCGUGCAAGCCCAGGACCGCUACUACAACUCAUCGUGGAGUGAAGUGGCCUCUGUGCCCUGCAGUCAGUAUUUCCAAAGUCAGAAUCUCACUGAGCUCACAGAAUGUGCCCGCAGGUGA